AUGCACGGCUUGAAUACAAUGGUGCCGAAGACCUGCAGCCAGUGCAGUGUAGAGCAACGCCCCGACAGCUUGGCCUGCACCCGAUGUAGUCGUCUCAAAGCACUUUGUCCGACAGCGCGCCGCAAUAAGCGCGUGAAGUACCGAUCGGCCGCGCAGAACGCUCCAGCAGAAAGGGAUUGGUGCAGCUAUGGAAUCGAACAGCGCCGAAUCUCCGAAGCAAGCUUUAGCCAUGCAUCGUCUUCGUCAAGUCAAAGCUCGGUUUCGCGCUCGUCAUCCAAUGCGAGCGAGCAAACCUGGUCACCGGAAAGUACCGACCUCAUAAUACCAUCGCCGGAGAAACUACUCGCCCCUUCUCCCACUUUCCAAACCACGUCGGAUGCCUUGCGCACAGUUAUGGAUGCUGAGCAAUUCUCAAUGAUUCAUGAACCGUUUGCGUUUGGCACCAGCUUUGUCCCCGAAUCCCAAAAGAUUAUCUAUACCAUUCUAAGUCUCUCCGCUGCAAACCUGACAGAGGGAUACCUUGCUUUUCUGUCACUCAUGACGACAUAUCAAAGGACUCUGGUCAUGCGGAAAACGGAGCCAGACAUGAUCAAAGCUGCGAAAGGACUGCAGCGUCUGCGAGAUAUGACAAUCCAAAGUGACUACGAUUCAGGAUGCGCUCUCUUCCUCGGUCAGACCAUGUAUGUCUUCAAUCUGUUGACUACGCCAUACUCAAAAAACGCCCACUCCAUCGUGCGCAGCGCGCUCAUGUCAACGAAGAAGUGGCUGCCCCGUUUGAUCGAAGCCCCAAUAAUGGACACAAUAACCAUGACCCCAAUAAUUAUCGACACCGUCGAAUGUCUAUUUCAUCGUGAGAUCCCUAUAAUACGCCUCGGUCGUUUGAAUCGCAUUGUCGUUGACCGAUAUGCGGGACUCUGUACCACUCUUCUUCCCCACCUCUAUGAUAUUUGUGAGUGUGGUCAUUCUUUAAAAACAAUGGCAUUCGAACCCGGAUCUGAAGUGCUUGACGGAAUUUGGGAACGACUCGAUGAUAUCGAAGAAAGCAUCCGGCGCUGGAGAGCCCCAACGCCGCCACAACUGUUCGAAAAAUACGGCCAGAACGCGGUACUGGCGAUGAUCACACAGUCAAAUGUAUAUCGUCUAGCAGGGUUGCUGGUAAUUCACCGCUUGCGAUAUCCACUUGGUGUCGAGGAUGAGCAGGCGCAAAAGUUUGCAAAUAACAUAUUUGCCGAGCUGGCAUUCUUUGCCAAAUCCGCAGACAAGUCAGCAAGCAGCGCUUUGCCUGUGGUGUUUCCCUUGACAGUGGCUAUGUUUGAGAUCGAGGGACCCGGAGAAGACUUGCUGGAUCGCUUGGCCGCUUUCACCGUUCAGAGUGUCAGUGCUUACCGACUCCGGGAUUUUAUUAAGAUCGUCAGGCAAUCCAGAGAGUCUGGGUUCAAGGGCGUUUGGUUCGAUUUGGUGGACACGCAUCUUCAUGUUGCAGCGCCACCAUAA